UCUCUGCUCACUCUGCUCUCACACACUCUGAACAUCACCACAACUAGACGGAGACUGAAUGAAAUCAAACGAGUGACUUUGUUUUUUCUUACUUUUUUCUGGAUGGAUACUCGUUUGUUUGGAGGAUGACGGCGGGAGUCCAGGAUCCUGAAUAUGUUUGGAGGCAAAUGGACGACCUGUCUCCGGCCAAGUGCUGCAGCUCUGUGAAGUCAUUCCUGCGUUUGAGUACGAGCAUCCCUCAGGAGUUUAGUGUGUCACUGGGACCUUGAGUCACACCUACAGACCCACACACACACACACACACACACACACACACACACACACACACUGGUGCUCGGCCGCUCCCCAGCUCACCAGCCCUGGCAGACCUCUUAUCUCUAAAAGAUUGAUGAGGUCCCGUCCAGGCGCCGGAGGCCUGGCACAGCGUUGAUAAGGCAGCUUUCAUUUCAGCACAUUUUAUCCCUCCUGCCUUUCUUCCCCUCCUCUCCUCCAUCACACUGAGGGAAGCGUUCGGGUCAAGAGGGACGGUCCUCUCAGAAACCAUGAGAUGCCCCGGAGGUGACAGCCCUGUCUUCUCCCGUCACUCCAUCUUUUGCGGCCGCGUGGUCGGCGAGCAGGACGCCAGAGUCGGCAUGUCACUGUCCAACUGCUGGAGCUGGAAUAUAGUGAAACUGCAGAGAGACGCUCAGAGCUGAGAGCACGUCACACACACCUGCACACACACACACACACACACACGCGCACACACACAGUGUUCCACGCAGGACAAUGUGCAACAUCUCGUUCUGUGAGGUGGACAGCAAGGUGGACCAGUUCUUCCAGCCCACGCUCUACAUCAUAGUCAUCGUCCUGGGGCUGCCCACUAACUGCAUGGCUCUGUGGGCGGCCUACAUGCAGGUGCGUCAACGUAACGAGCUGGGCAUCUACCUGAUCAACCUGUCGGUGGCCGACCUCCUCUACAUCACCACUCUGCCUCUGUGGAUCGACUACUUCCUGCAGCACGAUGACUGGAUCCACGGUCAGGAGAGCUGCAAGCUGUUCGGCUUCAUCUUCUACACCAACAUCUACGUCAGCAUCGCCUUCCUCUGCUGCAUCUCGCUGGACAGGUACCUGGCGGUGGCGUACCCUAUGCGCUUCGCCAAGGUCCGACGAAUCAAAACAGCCGUCAUGGUCAGCGCCAUGGUGUGGAUCAUCGAGAUCGUCGCCAACUCGGCUCCUCUCUUCCACGACGAGCUCUUCCAGGAUCGCUUCAACCACACCUUCUGCUUUGAGAAGUAUCCCAUGCAGGACUGGGUGGCCGGGAUGAACCUCUACAGGACGUUCCUGGGCUUCCUGGCGCCCUGGACGGCCAUGCUGGUGGCCUACAGAGGGAUCCUCGCUGCAGUGCGCUGCAACGUCUCAACUGAACGCCAGGAGAAGGCCAAAAUUCAGCGCCUGGCUCUGAGUUUGAUCCUGAUUGUGUUGCUGUGCUUCGGACCGUACCACAUCCUCCUCCUGGUGCGGAGCGUCAUGUUCCUGAGGAAGCCGUGUGACUGUGGCUCGGAGGAGAGCCUGUACGCAGCGUACCACGUGUCGUUAGCGCUGACCAGCUUAAACUGUGUCGCUGACCCCAUUUUGUACUGUUUCGUCAAUGAGGGCGCUCGGCACGACGUCGGCCGGGCCCUGUCAGCGAUGAUCUCUGUGGCCUGCCACAAGGGCUCCUGUUCCUCACCAGCGCACGGCGACGUGCUGAAUGCCGGUUCGGUUACGAUGGUGACGCCACUAGCGGCGAAGAAGCAGCAUUGCGUGUAUGCUGACAGUGGCAAGACGAGCACUUACAAGACAGAGCUGGUGGCUCUGAAGGAAGAGUGUCUACAGAUGACCAUCCUCAGUGUCAGGAAGUGACUCGUACCCGCAACAGGAAGUAGCGGGUUCAAACUGCGCAGGUCAGUGGGAGGAGGAACAUCCCAACACGCCUGGUUUCUUCUGGUCUGACAGGUUGGAAUCAGAACACACUCGGGGCUGUAGAUCCUUAGAGUCAACGUUUCCACUCGGUGGCACUGAUGAAGUAAACAGGACGCACAGUCUGUAGCCGUGGGAGCAGCCCCGGCAAAAUGCUUAUGCCAAUUAUGAGGGGAGUUCCUGUGCAGAGCCUCAGUGGGAUAGGUGCUCAUAGAUAAUGAAUACACACCAGAAAACUCAAAUUGUUUGGGGGGGGAAAGAAAAAUGAUAAAAAAAACUGCUUUGUAAUUGUUAAAUCUUUAUGAAUAGAGGAGAAAGAAUGUGAAGUUUGGCCUGAAGGUGGCGCCUGAAGACCUGAAGGUUUAUCUUUUGUCCGGUGGCCAUUAGACGUAUCUCUGAGUGACAGCUCGUCAGGGUCAGUUCUACAUCGCUGCUUUUGGUUUCAUACCCCGUUCACACUAAUGCGGAUAUUUUGCAAAACGAACCUGCUCCUCUGCGUUCGAGCUUCACGUCCACACCAAAACGUCCAGAUCUUUACAAACGUGCCGGUUUUCCAAAACUCUGGUUUCUGUGUAUCCGUGUGUUUUCAGAAAUGAUGACAUCGCAGUUUACUUCACGCUCGCUACCACUGUUCACAAGCCAGAGGCCACAACGACAGUGGCGGCAUAUUUAGCAUCGCUGCACCACAUUUCAUUCACCGGCAUCUUGAGCAUGCUCCCAAUGUUCUUCACUGGUAUUUGACUGAUCGUUGAAGUAGACUUUAUCGCCACCUACUGGCCCAGCAUGCAUGUUGUAGUCGUUUUUGUGUUCGCGUCUCGAUAUUUAAUAAAAUGAAAGUCAUGUGGACAGAUUUCUUUUUUUUAAAUUUUCUAAAAAAUAUCCGCAGUAUUGUCGACGAGGAGUGAAUUACAUUACUUGUGCACGGCUGUACUGAAUGCUGAUGUCAUCAUAUCAACAUGCUGUGUCAUCAUAUCAACAUGCUGUGUCAUAAUAUUAACAUGCUGAUGUCAUCAUAUCAACAUGCUGUGUCAUCAUAUCAACAUGCUGAUGUCAUCAUAUCAACAUGCUGUGUCCAUUGGAUUUUGAGGUCCGCACUAGCAGCGUUGGACCAGAGGAAUUUCUCGUCUGCUGGAGGUUCAGUAUGAAGAGUCAGGGCCCCACCAAACUCCUGAGGAUUCAGCCUCAGUGGACCAUGAAUGUCUUGCACCACUUCUCAUGCCAAUCCCCCCAGUAGAUGUUGAACUGGUUCAGCGUUGGCGCCACAGAACGACAGACCAGCGGACAGCCCUGCAGCCAUCAAGCUAAAUUUGUAUCACUGUGCCAGGACUCAUUCAUGCCCAGGAGGACGUCCUCUGAUAUUUAAGUGGAUUUAUUUAAACAGACGCCCUCUGCAUGGGCGAGCACUGACAGGACGACCCCUUUAUACUCAGACUGUUUGGACAUCCAGCGGGACAAGCUUGGGGGUUGGACACCUAAAGCUGCCACUUUGGAAGAUACCAGAAGAACAGAGGUGUAAUGAAAUAACAGGUUCCUGUUCCAAUGCUCGUUGGAAAUGUCUUUACUGUUUCGUUAGUGUUUAAAAGGAAACAGUGUGAAGUACCUCAGCUCGUAAACUGUGACAGAAUGAAGUUUCUUCUUUAAUGUGAGCCAUGUUGUUUUUCUUUUUCUUUUCUUGUUUACGUCAAAUUAAAACCGAAACCUUUUACGUGAAUUCAGCUGCGUGUGAGAGUCCGUCCCUGCUGGUUUUGAACAUUCACUGCAAACGAACCAAACCUUGGUUUUACUUUGAUCCAGAGCAGGAACUCCUCCUUUGGUUGGAAUCAAUUUUUAUUUUAACAAACAAAUUCUGUAGGUUUGGACCAAAACAAAGUGUCCUCAUCCUUCCAUGUGAUUAAAUACUGAUCAAAGGAAUAAAUAAAUCCUACACACGCUUUUCAAGUCAUCAAAGUAGUUUUGGAUUAAACAUUAUAACAUUACAAGAGGCCCUCAUGUGAUCGGACAUUACGACAUACUGACUUUCCUUGUGUGCAGUAUUAUUAGCUCAUGGUGAUAGACAAGUCUCUAAGCCGCAGUUCCACCUGCCAACUAUUCCAUCAGAGGGAUGGGAAUGUCUUUUAACGUUGUCUCGGCAUGAAAGCGUUUCUGUGUUCGGGUUUUUUUUUGUUUCGUUUUUGGACACUUCCAGCUCGUCAGGUUUUGCCCUAAACGCUGCUGUGUGUUUGUGCCGCUGCUUUUCUUGUGGAAUCUGUGUCUCGGAGAAGAGGUACCAGGCUUCAUGAUGUGCAUUAGUGGAUCGACAGUGUCAAGAGAAAUAAAUUAUGCAUCUGAAACUUCA